AUGGGCCGUGCCGUCAAAGGUCCACUUAGAAACUUCAUCGAUCGGGCAUCGCACUACGGAUCUGGGAAGAACCGCGUCGUCGGAAUCUACAAGUGCAAAAGAAAGUUGGGUCGCCAUCCUCUGGACUCGCAUCCAGCGCGUGCUUGUUUCGCUUCGGCGGACCAGUUCGCAAGUGGCGGGUCUCCAUGCAUCCCCGGGGAUCAAUCACGUUGUGACAGGCCGGGGGGCUAUGCGGUGCCGAACUGCAUCAAAGGCGCUUUGAAGGCAGCGGAGCAACUAGCACCUACGGUAAGAGGUGGCAGGAGAACAGGCCAAGGAGGAAAUCCGCUCUCGCGAGCUCCGCGACCCAUCGAGAAAGAAAGACCCAUCAGGAUCGACGCACGCACGCAGCUGAAGACGCCUUCGAAUCGGUGGAUUAUCCUUCUGCUGAACGCCCGCCCGUGCGACGUCGGUGCUGUCGCCACGGCGGCAGCGCCACAGCGGCGACCGCGGGCCCUUUGGAUCUGUUCCAAGGCGAUCUAUCGGGUCGAUGCAUGGCGCAUGGCUGGCGUUCGUGCAGACACAGCUGAGAUUAUGCCCUGGGAUAUUCCCUGGCAGCGUCUGUUUGGAGCAAUGAGAUCUCCAUCUGCUUCAGCUUCAGUGGCGGUGGUGUGA